UUUAGUUCUGUUAAUAGGAUUAAACAGUGUCUAUAGGAAUGCUCCAAACUCAAAUGUCGAGAAGGAGAGAAAAAUUAUUUGAACUUUGAAGAACCAAUCUGAGCCUAUUUGAAGUUCUGUUUAUCGAUUUCGCUCAGUCUUCUUUUUCCCACUUCACUUGGCUUCCUAAACCUGCAGCUCACUCGCAUUGCAUUAAUAAUUUCACUAGGAAAGCGAAUGAUUCACUGUUAGACACGAUAAAAUAAGCAUGGUACAUAAGAAAGUUUACAGAUAGAGUUGCACAUCGAUUUGGAAUUAUGAACAUUGAUAUAAAUCAAGUGAAGCAAAAGAAGCUCCAAUAAGAACACACCAAAUAGAGGCUUGAGUUGACAAAAGGUGUCUCCGUAAGGUGUGAAAUAAAAUAGAAAUAGACUGAUGUGUUAGUGAUGGAUCUAUUGACUCUUGUCUUUUUGCCAUUUGUUUGCUGCCAUUGGAAAGGAUAUUUCUCCGACAGGGAUUACGAUUUACACAUAUCAGAUCACCAUAUGUCAUAUGUUUGGUGAAACAAACUAGAGCAAAAGUAGUGGUAACAAAGGUAGGGUUCAUAGGUGGUUAGUGUAGUAAAGAGAUUAAAGAAAGAAAAUUGGAGUGGAGUGGAGGUUGUAAUAGAGCCCUCAAUUAGUAAAGUGAAAGUGUGUGUAUGUGUGUCCCCAAGAGACUAUAAUUGAGUCUUUAUGGAGCUCCGUGCCACACAAACCCCCUCUCGGCUUUUCUCACGUGUUUCUGAAACAUAUAUCACUAAAAAAGCUUACCUCUUUCUCUUCUCUUUCAUAUUGGAGUCAAGAUUACGAAAUUGAAAGUUGCAAUUAUAAAAAACACUAAUGCGGUUUUAAAAAGGAAAGUGUUCAAAGCCUAUGUUUUUGAAAGGCUCCUCCUCAAACUCCGAGUCUUCUUCUUCCUCGUCAAGGUCACAAUGGGUAUUAUCUCGGACAACUCUCAAUCUUCCUCCUCCUCUACUCCUCCUGCUCCUUCCAUCUUCUCCAGCUCCUUUGCCACUCGCAUAUUCUCAGAUGUUGAGGGAGACAUCACAAUCGUUGUGGAUGGAGAGUCCUUUUUACUCCACAAGUUUCCGCUGGUUGCUCGGUGUGGAAAGAUUAGGAAAAUGGUGGCAAAGAUGAAGGAAUCAUCUUCGAACCUGUCGUAUACAGAGCUCCGAGACUUUCCAGGUGGGUCUAAGACGUUUGAACUCGCCAUGAAGUUCUGCUACGGGAUCAACUUCGAGAUUACAAUCUCCAACGUGGUCGCUCUCCGCUGUGGAGCUGGUUAUCUUGAGAUGACUGAGGACUUUAAAGAAGAGAAUUUGAUCGCACGUACUGAGACUUACCUCGAGCAAGUUGCCUUUCGCAGUCUUGAAAAGUCUGUGGAAGUCCUCUGUUCUUGUGAGACACUUAACCCUCAAGACAUUGCUGAAACUGCCCAUAUUCCUGAAAGGUGUGUUGAGGCCAUCGCUGUGAAUGCUUGCAGAGAGCAGUUAGUGUUGGGACUGUCACGGCUGAACCGAGGCAACGAGUCAGGGGAAAAUAAGCGAGAUUGUCCAGAGUGGUGGAUUGAAGACCUCUCUGCUCUCAGGAUUGACUAUUACGCACGAGUUGUAACGGCGAUGGCGAUAACUGGUUUGCGGUCAGAGAGUAUUAUCAUGUCUCUGAUGCAUUACGCUCAAGAAUCGUUGAAAGGUAUAAGAAACUGUAAAGAGCGGACCAAGGUUGACUCGGGUACGAUUGAGAACGAGCAGAGGAAUGUUGUUGAAGCCAUUGUUAGCCUUUUCCCUAAUGACAAAGUCCCAUUGAGUUUCCUCUUCGGAAUGUUGAGGGUAGGGAGUACCAUAGACGUAGCCAUCUCUUGCAGGCUUGAGCUCGAGCGGAGAAUAGCUCAGCAGCUAGAAACAGUGUCUCUCGAUGAUCUACUCAUACCUGUUCUCCGAGAGGGAGAUUCAAUGUAUGAUGUGGACACUGUCCAUAGGAUACUCGUUUGCUUUCUCAAGAAGAUAGAGGAUGAAGUGGAGUAUGACGAAGAUCAUGAAUGUUACGAGAAUGAGACUGAGAAUCUUACUGGCUCCACGUGCCAUAGCUCAUUACUGAAAGUGGGUCGGAUCAUGGAUGCGUACUUGACAGAGAUCGCACCAGACCCGUGUCUGAGUCUGCACAAGUUCAUGUCAUUGGUAGAGAUAUUGCCUGAUUAUGCACGUGUCAUGGAUGAUGGGCUAUACAGAGCUAUUGAUAUGUUUCUCAAGGGGCAUCCGUCACUGAACGAGCAAGAAUGCAAGAGUCUCUGCAAAUUUAUAGACACUCGGAAGCUUUCACAGGAAGCAUGCAACCACGUGGCUCAAAAUGAUCGGUUGCCAGUGCAGAUGGUGGUUCGUGUCCUCUACUCAGAACAGCUGCGUAUGAAGAAUGUUAUGUCCGGAGAUUCAGGGGAAGGGAUUGUGCUGUCGUCUCAGAAACUUAGUAGUGGGAACGCGAGCGGAGCUGUGUCUCCGAGAGACACUUAUGCAUCGCUGAGGAGGGAGAACAGAGAGCUGAAGUUGGAGAUCUCGAGGGUGAGAGUGAGGCUGACUGAGUUAGAGAAGGAGCAGAUUUUGAUGAAACAAGGGAUGAUGGAGAAGCCAGGUCAUGGUGGAACAUUGCUGACCUCUCUUUCCAAAGGGAUUGGUAGGAUUUCGAUAUUUGGUGGAGGACCUACAGAAGAGAAGCGGCGGAAGGCUAACCGCAAGUCUAGGUCGAGGUUGGAGAGAAAAACCGGUAGGAGCCGAACAGAGUCUAUGUUUUAGGUAGUUUGGUACA